AUGUCGAAGAAACAAAAGAACAGAGUCCCCGGAGAUGGAGUCGAAACCCUAGAUCGUAUCAGUGAGUCGCCGGACGUUCUCCUGGUACAAAUUCUCUCUCUUUUGCCGACCGAAGAUGCCGUCAAAUCAUGUGUUCUCUCAAAGAGGUGGCGUUAUCUCUGGACUUCAAUUCAUACUUUCCUUUUCAGUAAUAGAAAUUACAACAAACUCGAAAACUUCAUAUCCUUUGUGGACAACGUUUUAACUCAUUCAACUUGUUCCAAAAUCAAAAAAUUCCAACUCGAUUUUCAUCAUACAGACUGGAAAUUUCAUUCGGAAAUCAGCCAAUGGCUCAAUUUUGCUGUGGAAAACAAAGUAGAAGAUGUUUCGUUAGAUGCACACUUAUAUUUUUAUCCAAGUGCUGACGAACUCGCUUAUGAAUUGCCUUUAACUAUGUACACUUGUUCGUCAUUGAUUACAUUGUAUUUGAGCCAUUGGGUGUUUGAUAAAGGAUUGAACAUAGCUUGGAACUCUCUAAAGAGCCUAACUUUGGACUCAAUAGAGUUAGAAGCUGAUGAUAUUGUGAUAUUACUGUCAAGUUGUCCUGCUUUGGAAACUUUGGAGCUGUCGUUUUGCAAGGUUUGUCGUCGUAUAGAAAUUACUUCUUCUAAUUUAAAGAGACUAACGUUGACAUACCCUUCAGAGCCUCUGAAUGGAGAAUAUGAUUCUUUGGAAAUUUUUGCCCCACAUCUUAAGCAUUUGGAUAUUUCAGGAGAACUUGGAGAUUUCAAGUGUAUGCUAGUAAAUAUCUCCUCUUUGGUUAUUGCCAGACUCGCUUUUAGCAUCUGUUGUAUCACUGACUACUGGAACAAAGAGGAUAUUAAGGAAGACAGUUGUCGUGAUUAUCACCAAGUUAUCAGAAACCUUAUUCUAGACUAUCUUCAAAAGUUGAGUUACGCAACUGAGCUAAUAAUUGGAUGUUGGUUUGCAGAGGUCGUGUUCAUGAUGAAACUUGAAGGAGUGAUGCUUCCAGAAUUGCGAUGCAAAUGUCUAACUCUAGAGUUGCGUGUAUCAGAGUAUAAUCUGUAUGGAAUAGCCAGUCUUUUGCAAACCUCGCCUCUUUUGGAGUCGCUCAACAUAAACAUCACAUAUGAGUAUUGCGAUCCCCCCUGCUAGCUUGAGCAAAGCUAUUUCGCUGAAGUAGAUAACAUCAAUUUGCCGAGUUGGAUUCCAAACACGGUGUUUCCCAAUCUCAAGAAUGUUAAGAUUGUCGGCUGUGGAACAAGAUGUUUGAAAAGGUGGUCUGAAGAAGGCUUUUGUAAGCUUAUUGAACUUUCUAACUUUCUACUAAAGAAUGCAGUGGCUUUGCAGAAACUUGUUAUCGUAGCAAAGAGAAGAAAAUGCUCCACUUGUUCAGAGAACUGUGUGUCCCGGCAUUUAUCACAGUUGGCUAAGAAAUUGUUAGACAGUCCAAGAUUAUCAACAAAUUUUGUGAUUAUGUACCAAGAGUUAGCUUAGCAUGACCAUACUGGAAGUUGUGUUGUUUCGGCAUACUAGAAAUGUUUACCUCAUAUUUUAGCUUUUUAUUUAAUGCAAAUACAAUUUUGAACUUGUGGUAGUCCAAAUGUUAUGAUGUGCAGCUGUUUGGUUUGUUAGAAUCCUUUGAUUGUUGCACUCUAGACAUUGCAUAUGUGUUUUGAAUGUCGCAAGAUUCUAUGAU